AUGGGAACCGAAAUAACAGAGCCGUUACUACUCGAUUCCAACGAGACAAUCAAGACCGUUGAUUCUGCCGAAAUAAUUCCAGAAUGGAAAGAUCAGAUAACUAUCAGAGGGCUAGUUGCGAGUGCUAUAUUAGGGAUACUAUUUUGUAUCAUCACACACAAGCUGAAUUUAACUGUGGGGAUCAUUCCGUCGUUGAACGUAGCAGCUGGUUUGCUUGGUUUCUUCUUUGUUAAAUCAUGGACUGGAUUCUUAUCCAGCUUGGGGCUUUCUGUUUCUCCUUUUACCAAACAGGAGAAUACUGUUAUCCAAACUUGCGUCGUCGCUUGCUAUGGCCUCGCCUUUAGUGGAGGAUUUGGUUCGUAUUUGAUUGCUAUGGAUGAGAAAACUUAUAAAUUGAUCGGUGCUGAUUACCCUGGAAACCGACCCGAAGAUGUUAAGAAUCCGGGAUUGGGGUGGAUGAUUGGGUUUUUGUUUGUUGUUAGUUUCCUCGGGCUUUUUAGUCUUACUCCGCUUCGGAAGGUUAUGGUCAUGGAUUAUAAGCUUACAUAUCCCAGUGGUACAGCCACAGCAAUGUUGAUAAAUAGCUUUCACACAAACACAGGAGCAGAACUUGCAGGGAAGCAAGUUAGUUGUCUGGGAAAGUAUUUAAGCAUAAGCUUGGUUUGGAGCUGCUUUAAGUGGUUUUUCAGCGGUGUUGGGGAUUCAUGUGGGUUUGAUAAUUUUCCCAGCCUUGGUUUGACGCUAUUCAAGAACACGUUUUAUUUUGAUUUCAGUCCAACUUAUGUUGGAUGUGGCCUUAUUUGUCCUCACAUAGUCAACUGCUCAGUUCUUCUUGGGGCUAUCAUCUCGUGGGGUUUCCUCUGGCCCUUCAUUUCCCAACACGCUGGGAACUGGUAUCCAGCUGACCUUGGUAGCAAUGAUUUUAAGGGUCUUUAUGGAUACAAGGUUUUCAUAGCAAUUGCCCUUAUCCUUGGAGAUGGUCUUUAUAAUUUGGUCAAGAUAAUUGUCAUAACUAUCAAGGAAAUGUGCAACAAAAGCACCAAGCAGAACCUUCCAAUUCUCAAAGAGGUUCAAGAUAGCGAGACUUCCAAAUUGCUACUGGAGCAAAGAAAAAGAGAUGAGGUAUUUCUGAAAGACAGGAUACCUUCCUGGUUGGUGGCUGCUGGAUAUGUUGGGCUGGCUGCAAUGUCAACCGCAAUGAUUCCAGUCAUCUUUCCACCACUGAAGUGGUAUUUGGUUCUCUGUUCGUACAUUAUUGCCCCUGCUCUUGCCUUCUGCAACUCCUAUGGAACUGGACUAACAGACUGGAGCUUGGCAACGACCUAUGGAAAGAUUGGUCUUUUUAUCAUUGCUUCACUGGUUGGUUCUAAUGGAGGAGUUGUAGCUGGGUUAGCAGCUUGUGGAGUAAUGAUGUCCAUUGUCUCCACUGCAGCUGAUCUAAUGCAGGAUUUCAAGACAGGUUACCUCACUCUAUCAUCCGCCAAGUCUAUGUUUGUGAGCCAGUUGGUAGGAACAGCCAUGGGUUGUGUCAUUGCCCCACUAACUUUCUGGUUGUUUUGGAGUGCUUUUGAUAUCGGAGACCCAGAUGGUCCUUACAAAGCUCCAUACGCCGUGAUAUUCAGGGAAAUGGCUAUCUUAGGCAUCGAGGGCUUCUCAGAGCUACCCAAACAUUGCCUGGCCUUAUGUUGCGGAUUCUUUGUAGCUGCUCUAGUUAUAAACCUUCUAAGGGAUGUGACUCCCAAGAAGAUCUCUCAGUUCAUUCCUAUUCCAAUGGCAAUGGCCGUCCCAUUUUACAUUGGAGCUUACUUUGCAAUUGACAUGUUUGUUGGGACAGUGAUAUUGUUUGUAUGGGAGCAAAUAAAUCGGAAGGAUGCUGAGGAUUAUGCAGGGGCAGUUGCUUCUGGUUUAAUAUGCGGUGAUGGGAUUUGGACAAUACCAUCAGCUAUUCUCUCAAUUUUCAGGAUCAACCCGCCCAUCUGCAUGUACUUCGGACCUUCUUUGAGUAGUUGA